AUGGAGCUCAACCAUUUCCCCGAUGAGGUGCUAAGCAACAUCUUCAGUCACCUCACAACCAAAGCCCAGAAGCACCGCCUUCACGAUGACUUCAUUGUCGAUAUCUGGCCUGUCCGCCUCGUCUGCCGUCGGUGGAACGUCCUCGCGACGCCGCAGCUUUUCCAGACCCUGACGCUCUUCCAUAGCGAAUGGAACGCCAACAAAGAUUUCGAGUUUUGGAAGCACAUGCUAGCCACAGACGCCAUCAGAGCUGCCGCCCGUCGAGUCGCCAUCGAAAGUGCCCCGUGGGACGACCUGGACGAGCGCUCGUCCUGGGUGUGGGAAGACUGGAGGGAUGACAACGACUGGCCUCAAUUCAAAGCCGCCAUUGAUCACAUCUGCGAUAUGCCCCAUCUCAAUGCACUUGAAGUACGCUUCUCGUGGGCCUGCGUUGGACGUGAUGGGGACCAAGAAGACCCAGAGAUGGAGUUGGCCAUCACGCGUGAAAACACUCUCAGGGCUGUUUUAGAUUCCAUGAGAAAGCGUGCAGCUCGUCCAAACACGAGCGUCAUUCGUGAGCUAGUGCUGGACAACCUACAAAACAUAUCGCUGCCCAAGGACCUCACCGAUGGCCUUUUGGAGAAUAUCGAGCGACUGCACAUCCUCACCUCCCAAGAGAUAUCUGGCAGACCGGAAAAGGAUGUACACCUACGCGAAAUACGCGAAUGGGAACCCUAUCUACAAAAUACAUUAUUGCGUUCAGUCGCCGAGCAGCUUGUCGAGCUAACCCUUGCCAGCCCAGCCAAAUGGGGCGCCAUACCCGGCGAGUUCAACGGCAAAGGGCUGCAUUUCCCCCAACUCAAGGCUCUAACACUGGCCGAAUAUGUCAUUGCACAACGGGAUCAGUUCGAAUGGGUGCUCUCGCUGGAGUCUCUUACCUCGCUUUGUCUGCACGGCUGCACAAUAGCCACGCACAUUCUCGUCCUCGAGCCAGAGUUUGCAUCCUGGGGAGUCGACAUGCGAGGCUGGGCAUGGGUCGCUGAUCCGCCCGAGCUUGAUGAUGAAGAUGAUGCACGUCCUACAUACGAGAUAUCCGCUGGAAAACGAACUCUCACUCCCGGUUUCUAUGUCCAUUCCCUACGAUGGAGCGCUAUGUUUGAUAGCAUCCGGGAAAGACUUCCUCGCCUAAAAGAGUUCCGCUUCACCAAGGAACAAUGGGUCACCUUUUUCCGGCACAGCGGGGAGGCAAACGCUGAGGCGUUGGUGGAUCGGUACUUUGCCUUCACCCAGUACUGGUGUGAACUGUGGUCGUUCAACCUGAAGGAGUGCAACUAUGUCGAGGAGAAUCGGCCGGGCUUGCCGGAGGAGCUGCUUACGAUCACCGAGGAGGCGGAUCGUGGAGCGCUAGAGAGGCUGCUUCAGACUACGAGAAAGCGACAGAUGAUGGUCAAGUGA